UGUGUGUGUAUUUUCUGCAGGUUGACGGGCUUGAAAACAACCUACCCUUCACCAAUUCAACCAAUCACUCAAAUGUCCAGGUUCAUAAGAGACACAGAGAGGCUAUCAUUGAGACCACCUUUCUGAAGGUCUCCUUUGACUUUUCGAGUUCAGUGAGGGUGGAGCUGGCGACUAGUUAUCAAAGCGAAACCAACGGCCUUUGUGGAAACUUCAAUGUUGACCCUGCUGAUGACCUAAUGUUGCCUGAUGGGAAGUUGGCUUCCAACGCCAAUGAGUUUGGACAGAGCCAGUGGUUGGCGAACGUGGAGGGCUGCUCGCGUGACUGUAAAGACUGCGCUCAGCCGCUGCCCGACGACUUCGAACCACCCGCCUACACGUCGGUCUGUGAUGUCAUAACAGCAAAGGAUGGACCCUUGGCUGACUGCGUAGACCGAGUAGAUUCCAAGCAGUACCGCGACGACUGCGUCUAUGACAUGGUGCUUAAUGAUGGCCAAAAGGAAGCAGCCUGCGGCAUCAUCAGUGACUACGUGGCGCAGUGUCAGAGAAACGGAGGCUGCGUGAAGUCAUGGCGGACGAGGAAGUUCUGCUGGAUGAAGUGUCCAGCUAAAAUGAUGUAUAGUGUCGUGGCUCCUGGAUGUCCGGCCAGCUGCCUCGCUCCAUCUCCAUCCGCCAAUUGUGAGAUCCCGCCCAGCGAGGGCUGCGUGUGUAACCCCGGUUUCCUGCUGAGUCAGGAUCGCUGCGUGCCACUGCCUCGGUGUGGCUGCAAAUACAACGGUCGGUACAUCGUGUCUGGUGAGAAUUUCUACCCUGACUCCGACUGCCAGCGCCUGUGUUUGUGCCGCGGUGGGAUGGUGGCCUGUGAGGACAAACCCUGCACAGGAAAGAAAAGCUGUGGAGUGCGGAAGGGAGUGAAGGGUUGCUACGCCGCAUCUGACUUAAGCAUCUGACUUAAGCAUUGAACGGGAACCAAUGUAGAACUUCAUCUUCUCUUCAUCUAAGAAUAUAUCCAGCAAUGUUGUGUUUAUACUGUAAGCUAUCUUUAUAAUUCUAACAGCUAUAUUCAGGCACACAAGCUACAGAUAAUCUAGUUCUUUUGGCAAAAUUCUUCUAUCUAUAUUCUUCACAGGCCAUUUCAUAUCUCGCUCACAAUAUAGCAUGUUUUCUGCAGUAAUUCAAUAAACAGUCUAAAUGAAAUAACCGCCUGCUAAAGCCUAUUUUUAAAGUGCAAUCAAAUACUCGGCCAGCACUUGUGCUUCAAAUUCAUACAGAGUAUUUUUAAAUUGUUGUUCCUAAAACAGUUUUGACAAAAACUGAACAUUCAUGUAGGAGUGUACAGUAUGCAACAGUGAUUUUUGUAACUGUGGAUGAUUACAGUAUGUAAUGUUUGUAAGUCACUACUAACACAUUUCAGUCUUUACUAAUCAAUUCUUUUCUAAUGAUCAUUAAACGCAUGUCAGCAACUUCCCCGUC